AAGGUGGUGCCCGACAGCGGGUGCUUGAUUGGCCUUGCCGAACCACGAAGUCACCUUUUGGGCCAACCAACCGGCACCAAGGCCGUUCACAACACAGCAGUCAAGGACCAAAGAGGCCUUGAGAUGGGCAGCUGGAGAAACCCUUAUGCCUCGCCUCCGAUGGGGGCCUAUGGCUACCAGGCACUGGGCAAUUCGAAUGGCCACGGCCUGUCAAUCCGGGAGGCUUGUGAAGCUGCAGGGCGUGGCGAGAGUAGCGGCCACUGCGUCGAUGACAAUGAAAUCUCGGUCAUCGGCCCGGAUGAUCGCCCGGUGCAGCCGGUGAAGAUCAACAGCUUCACCGAGAUCCGAGAGUUUCCCUAUGAGAUCCAAGAGCAGUUCAGGAAAGCGGGCUUUCCAGCGCCUUCGCAGAUCCAGGCCUAUACCUGGCCGUUGGCCUUGCAGGGGAAGGAUGUCAUCGGGAUCGCGGCCACAGGCAGCGGCAAGACGUUGGCGUUCCUCCUGCCUGCUUUCUGUGAAAUGAGAAGAACUGGUCACAAUCCAGACAGACAUGGACCCGGCCUUUUGGUCAUGUCCCCCACCAGAGAGCUCGCGCAGCAGACUGAGACCGAGGCCGAGCGCUUCGGCGCGUGCAUCGGCUUCAACGUGGUGGCCAUGUACGGCGGCGCGCCGAAGAACGACCAGAUCCGGAAGUACCGCUAUGGUGUCCACACCAUUGUGGCGUGUCCUGGGCGGUUGAAUGACUUCCUGGAGGGUGGCCAGGUGCGCUUGGACGCCGUCUCUUGCUUGGUGUUGGAUGAGGCCGACCGCAUGCUUGACAUGGGUUUUGAGCCUCAGAUCCGCAAGAUCUUGGCCAGGAUCCCCCGGAAUCGACACACGAUGUUCUUCACGGCGACCUGGCCAAAGGAGGUUCGAAACCUCGCGGGCGACAUCCUCUACCAUCCCUACAAGGUCAUGAUUGGGAACCGUGAUGAGCUGAAGGGAAAUCAGGACAUCAUCCAGCAGAUCAGGUUUGUGGAUGGCUACGACAAGGAGCAUCAGAUCGUCGAGCUGCUCAAGGAGGCUGGCCUUAUGGACCGCUACAGCAACGGCAAGGCGCUGGUCUUCGCUGGCACGAAGCGCGAGUGUGAGCGGCUGUCCAACAACCUCUACCGCGCCGGGGUGCCUUGCUCCUCGAUCCACGGAGACAAGGACCAGCGGGCGCGCGAUGAAGCCCUCGGUGGCUUGAAGAACGGCCGCCUCAAGGUUCUGGUGGCCACAGAUGUGGCAGCACGAGGGCUGGACAUCAAGGGAGUUGGUCUUGUGAUCAACUACGACGCGGCGAACAACACCGAGGACUACGUGCACCGCAUCGGCCGCACCGGCCGCGCGGGGCAGAAGGGCUUCGCAGUCACCUUCUUGGACAAGAGACAAGAUGGGGGUAAAGCGAAAGGCAUCAUGGAGGUGAUGAAGAGGACGAAUCAAGAGGUUCCCUCAGAACUCUAUGACAUGGCCAGACUUGGAGGAAAGGAUGACAGAUCACGAUGGAGUGGCCGUGGCGGCGGCGGUGGCGGUGGAGGAGGAUGGAAGAAUGGUGGAGGCGGCGGAGGUAGCUGGAACUUCGGGAGCCGCGGCCGCAGCCGCAGCCCUCGUCGUUGGUGAACUUGAACUGCGCCGCGACGCGCCGAUGUUAGCUUAGACUCGGGGGGCCUCCAUUCGGGUGGAUUUGCAUGUCGGGUCC